AUGCCGGCCAAUGACUACGGAGAGGUCUUCAGACAGUGUAAUCAGCAGGAUGGAUACGUAUGCUACGACUGGUUUGUAUCUUCUGUGUUUCUAAUAAUGAUGGGAAACCGAGAGAAGACAUUAACAUUUCUCCACCAGUUCUCCUAUCUCCUUGUUUCAGCCUUUCUUUGGGCACCACGGCUGCAUAAUUCUAUACAUCUGCCUGUAGACACAGCAGCAUCUGGCAUCCAUCCAGUCUACUUCUGCAGUGCUCACUAUGUUGAGAUGUUGCUGAAAGCUGAGUUGCCACUAGUUUUUUCUGCUUUCCAUAUGUCUGGAUUUACAUCAUCACAGAUCUGUCAGCAGUGGCUCACACAAUGUUUCUGGAAUUAUAUGGACUGGAGAGAGAUUUGUCAUUAUAUUGCCAUUUGUAUUUUCCUUGGCCCAGAUUACCAGAUAUAGUGCAUAUCUGUGUUUAAACAUCUACAACAAGAAAUCCUUCAACACCAGGCUCAGGACCUCCAAGUUUUUCUUAAAGAAGAAGCACUCCAUGGAUUUCAGGUGAAUAAUUAUGUUGAGUAUAUGGAAGGCUUGGCUCAAACCUACCGACCAAUUCUAUUAAGAGACAUGAGGAAUAUUGGAGUGCCAAGCACGUAGAUCAAGCAGAUGAGCACAUCAUUUCAAAUUUUGGUUAUGUACUUUAAGGGGGCAGUGAUUGUUUUAUUUCUUUCUCCGUAAAAAAAAAUAUUCAUUGUUGCUAUCCUUGCAGCUAAAUCAAUAAAGUUUUUCAGCAUACCAUUUUCACAAGACAACAUCCUCUAAAUUGGAUCAUUUGAAAAAUAAUGUGUUUUUCUAGCCAGGUGUCAUUAUUUGUUUACACUUGGUUUCAGAAACUAGCUUUGAAUUACUUAAAUGUUCUGUUUAUAUUUUCCAAGAAGCAGUGUCUAUACUAUUAAACUUGGCUUCCUAACAUUUCUUGCUCAAGGUUCACUAGUAAGGAACGGUAAUUUGAAUGCGCACAUAACUUUUGAGCACUACAAAAAUUAUCUUGGGAGGUCAAAAAAUAAAAUAUAGUUACAGAUCCUGAGUGGCUCAGUUUGAAGUGGAAUAAAAAGUUUGUUAUUGGUUUUUGCUGUAAAUAUUUUUUUAAAUAGUACUUGUACACUCUAAAACAUUUACUUGAAGUUGUAGAAGGGAGUACAUUAACACUUCUGUAGAUCUGUUAAUACAAAUGUAGAUUUUAUUCUCUGUUUUAUUGAAACUAAAUGUAAAGAAAUAAAACUUUGGGAACAUA